GCGCUGAGUUACCGUUGUGUGCAAUGGUUGUGAGACGAAUAAGUUGAUGCGAAUCUGCCAGCUCCUUACAUGCUGUCUAGACGUACAAGCUUGCGACGUGAUCAAGGAACUUCGAUCCUUCCUUCGCUUUCUAGACCACGCAAAUCUUUCAGAUCGGCUGGAUGUGAUCGCUAAGUACAAAUGUGUAGCUUAUAUGUUCAAGUUGUUGAGACUGGUAAGCAAACUGUCCGCACUCGAGAAUUACUUCGUUCCCACUGGCCGCAAGGAUUUUUCGCCUGAGGAAAGUGCGGAACUCAAAUCAGUAACUCACUCGAUCUUGAAGCGACUGCACGAGAAGGAGUUCUCGACUCUGCAAAGGGCGCUGGAAUCACGCGGCGGCCUCGAAACAACUUGUGUAUUCUUUCCGACACAGGAGAGACUGGGCAGGCAAGUAGUGGUCGAACCGCAACUUGUGUUGUUCCGAGUAUUUCGGCUGCCGCAGGUUCGAAGCUCGGCUGAACUCAAACGCAGUUCUUGCUGCUCGACACAUAAUGGCCUCGACAAGAAAGUGUGUAUUAAUCCUUACCACUACAGUGCAAUCAUGAAUACGGGGCAAGUCAGUGCGAUUUAUACGACGCUGCCGAGCACGAUGGAGGUCAAAAAUGAGGAAUCUUCAGGGUUUACUAGCAACCUUACGCAGUCAACAACUUGCCCUUUGGACUGCAGAACGUCCCAAACUCGGCCAGCUUCACAAACAUUAGGGCCAGAUUACUGUUUUUCGACUGAUCAACAUUGGUCCAGACCUUGGUGUUCGAUAGCUUACUGGGAGCAAAGUGAAAGAAUCGGACCCUCAUUUGAAGGAACUACUGAUGUUAUCAAUGUAUUUGAAACUCUACCGGAGCCUAGCGGAUUCUGUUUAGCAGCUCUAAAUCGACGAACUGACGUCCCCGACAGGACAAAGAGAGUACGAGCACAAAUAGGUUAUGGACUUCAAUUGACACGCGAAAAAGACGGAAUAUGGAUUUAUAAUCGCAGUGGUUGCGAUUUAUUCGCAAAUGGCCCAACACUGACUUAUUCCAAUGAAAAAUGUCCUGGCGGAAAAACUAGACAUAAUAUUCUUGUACAUAAAGUUCCUCCCGGCUAUUCGCUCAAGGUGUAUGAUUACAACAAUUUCACUGGUGAAGCAUGCCGCGCGGUGGAUAGUGCAGGAGUAAGAUGUUAUCAUCCCGAAUCGGUUCGAAUAAGUUUUAAGAAAGGCUGGGGUGUAACGUCAUCAGCACAGUAUUGCCGACCCCUUGUAACUUCUUGUCCAUGUUGGAUUGAAGUGCAUCUCUUCGUGUCGCGGUAGCACGCGUGUUUGCGAGCGAGGAGAGAGGGAGGGACGGUCAGAGAGGCGAUUUGUUUAUUUGGCGUGUCUUCGAUCGAUCGUCUAGUAUUUCACAGAGUUAUAGAAACAUAAGUAUGAUACCGUCAUAGAUUAUAUUAUGUAUAUUGUAUAUAGAAUAUUGACUGGACCAAAAUAUAAAUUAAGGAACUCAAAUGAACGGACCAAGUCCGAGAACAUGUGAAAUUUGGACAGCAAAGUAGUAUUCUCCCUAGGAGAAACAAUCCUUUGUACAGCUUUAUUGUUGUAUAAUGUUGUUACGCGAGUGAAGAAAUACGCCUAAAAUGAAUAUAUUAUAUUUUUAAUCAGG